GUGCUUACAGUGUGCCGUAAAACCGACAUAAGUAUAUGGUGCUAUGAAAAUGUUCAUACAUAUUCAUUUAGUUAAAAGCUUGUGUUACAGUACCGUGCCAUGCACGGUUCUAUGACCGUACUUAAUAACAUUGUUGCUCAGUGCCUGGUCAGUGUUAUCUGUUUUUACAUACAACUUUUAAUUCUUUUAUUGGCCAUACUGACUGGAGUGCACAAAAGAUUUUACGUAGUGCCCAUGUUUGGCGGUUACUUCGUUUGUUUAUUGUUUCUGUGCUCAUGCGACAAUGCACUAAGUCGCUAAAUAAUAUUUCUAUAUACAAAGUUGUAUUGUACAAUAUAAUAGCACGUGCUAUUCUGAUGUGUGAGUGUGUUACAAGUUUUUAACUUUUUUAUACUAAUUGCAUUAUUAGCAACGUCAACGGUUCAACACGCGUGUUCGCAAAUUUCAUUAAAUCAAAAUGCCCUGGUUUGUUGUUACAUUUAACGUGACAAAUGAAGUGCAACAUGUUCCUCACACGUGGCUGUCAAAUAAUGUUUGUUGGUUUCCAUUCAUCCAGAGUGAUAACAAAAAAAUUUACUUUACAGUAUCUCAAGUUGCUAACAUGAUUAAAAAGUGCACAGUACCUAACAAAAAUGAUGGGAAAAAUUAUGAUGUCGUAAUAAGAGCCGGACCAUUUAAUAAAGAGAGUUAUGCCAAGAAGGUAUCUAAAGCAUGGUCAGGGCCAGAUGAUUCUUCGUCUGAUAGCAAUGUUGGUUUAUCUCCUGAAAAGCCAUCAUCUCCUAAAAAGAGGAAAAUGAUGCCUUAUUUUUCUAGUGUACAAGAAAAAGAGUUAAUUGUAAACCUACCUGAGGCACCUACAACACCUAUUAGAAAGACAUCGUCUACUAAAAAUAGCAUACCUGUUUCCUUGGAUUUGAUCUCACCUAUUAUCUUAAAAGAUAUAAGUACUAAUUCUACAGUAAGUUCCUCCGACAUUAGACCCUCAAAUAAUUCUACUGUUGAUGUUUGUGCCCAAUCAACUCCAAAUUCAUCCAAUAACUUAAUAAUUAAAGACAAGAUAAAUACAGACUGUAGUACUGCAUCUUGCUUAUAUGAUCCUGGGAAUUUUAAUGUAGUAACAACUAUUAAUGAAGUUGGUGUGGAAACAAAUAAUUCCUGUGUGUCAGUCAUGACUGAUUCUAAGAAAAUUGAAAAAAAUAGUGAUGUGCCAAUUGAAUUUGAUAUUAAUAAUAUGGAUGAAAAAAUUAGCUCUAAUAAUAGCGUUAGAAAAGGCAAGUUACUUUCUAUAUUUAUGUAA